CAGAUCUACAAGGGAUCACGAUAUAUAUUAAUAGUAUGCCUAAUUCCAAUAAAGUGUGGUCAAAAUUCUCUGUGACAAAAAAAGAUGGCAGUGUUUUAAAAUUACGCAUAAUGGAUAUGCCAAGAGAUCCCAGCGUGCAAGAGAAAGUACUUAAUAUCAACCUUAAGCAUUUUGUAUUGGAGGAGAACACUUUUGAAGCUGCAAGAGUUGCAGAAAAUGUAGAAGCAAUCGAGGAAAUUACUGGAUUCAUCAUAAACAUGUUGAAUAUGGACAAUCAUCAUAUUGUUAUAUGCUGCUUAGACAACGAUAACCAGAUAGACGAAGUUAUAGGAUCAUCAAUAAUGGCCUUAACUAGAAAAGAAGAUCCAAAGCCCGAGGGAGGCUUCAAGACAAAAGAGUUGAUGAAACUAGCGGAGAUAAUGAAUGCUAUGAGCGAAAGUUAUGAUGAAGUGAAGGAAUUUGAUCUAAACCCGUGCUUUAGUGAUAGGGGGCUUGUUGUAUGCCCCGACUACAGGGGUCUUGGUAUUGGACAGGAAUUUCUCAGAGUCAGACGACUGAUUUGCAAAGAGUUUGGUAUACCUAUCAACGGAGCCUGGAUGACGUCAUACGGCACACAGAAAGCUGCGGAGCGUGAUGGCUGGGAGACUGUCUGCGAGCUCCAGUAUGAAGACUUGGAGAAGAAGUUCAACGUUACCUUCCCUAAAAAUCCACCAUCCACCAAAUUUAUGAUCACUAGAAUAGAUCUUUAAUAUAUUUUUUUAAUAAUAUAAGUAGUAUGAGGAAUUGGAGAAGAAAUCCAAAGUCACCUACGGGAGACAUCCGCCUUGAACUAAAUUCAUGAUUGCCAGAAUACCAUUAUAAAAUUUACUCGAGU